CCAGGAAUGCGCUACCAAGACCUUCAGAAGUGAGAGACCGGCACUCGUCCGGACUAGCCUUCCAGACCGCCACGCUAUGAAAGAUGUCGUUUCCGACAUCAACUAAGAAGAGCGCAAAGAGCCCUCAUGGGAAGGUCGACACCAGUCUCAAUGGAGCUACAAAGUCUGUCAUCUCUGGCGACUGCCAGGAAAGCGGGGCUCAUGUGACAUCAUCAUCGUCAUCUCCUCCUGCAACGCAGGGCAAUACGCAUCAGCCACGCCACGCGGAGACGACGUCAACACAUCACUCUGCCGCCGUUACUGCCCGCAAUCUGGCGGCAAGAGUCGCGUCUGCUCCAAAAGGCGCCAAGCACAAGGUCUUCAAGAGCAGAGUUCGUGCAGCUGGUGCAAAAGCCGGGAGGCUAGUCACAGAAUUUAACGGCAAAGUGGUUGACCUGAGCUCCUUCAAUGAUCCGCAUUCACCUGCGAAUCUGGUCGUGUCGCCAAGGAGCGCCUUGUCUGAGCCGGAUCCAGCAGCCGCAGGAACAGCGGCUUCCUGCUCGCUUGAGUCGCAUCCGCCAUUGCUCACUGCAGCAUUUAGCGUGGAUGCGCCUAGUACCGUCCGUGGAGACGGCACUCCGGCCAAGUGGCCGAGCGAGGCCAUGAGGAUGCGCAUUGACAGCGCUGCGCACGGGGCUGCAACGCCGCAAGACUGGCAUCAGUCUUAUCCGUCAUCUACGUGGAGCGGUGAGCAUGUUGAGCAACAGAGGCGACAAACGAAGGAUCGACUGGAGCGCGAACGACAGCUGGCAGAGCUGGAGCUGCAGCAAAGGGAGAUGAUGGAAGAGCAUGCUAGGAGACUCAACAUUUUCAUGCGUGAUGCAUCGGAUUUGUCGCUUCGGCAGCGCGUUGAGGACUACGUUCUUCUUGAUUUCGAGGUUGCACAGCUCCCAAGACAACAUGAUUCUUCCUUCUGCAAGCGUCCGCUUCAUGGCCGACGCGACAGUCAAUACUCGAGUCACUUCGCCGACGAGUACUCGAACAACGACGAGCAUCGUGACGUGCUCGAACUUGUGCAGGACGUCAUUCAAAAGACAAAGGCAACGAGUGGCCUGCGCUACAUCACCCUCGCAUCCUCUACUACGACGCCGGAUGGGUCUGAACGGCCCAUUGCGAAUCUACCACCGCGGAGUCUCGAGGAGCGCUGCCGCCAGAUGCGCUCGGGAGGCUGGCCGAGGUCCAGUGACGAAUUGUCUUCGUCAUCGUUGUUAGCAGGAGACGAACCGGAACCUGCGUCAUCAUGCCCAGGGCGUGGCAAUACUCCGCAUCGCGAGGCAUGGUGCAUCACGCCACCUGAAGGCAUGGACCAUGACGACUUCCUUAACCUCCUCUUACAACAGCAGGAAACUAUUCUUUCACAGCGAGGGGACCGACAGCCGGCUGCCGCUUUUGAGUGGUGGCCAUCCUCGUACACACCCGAACAGCAUUGGUCGGAUCUAUGGCAAGCAGCUGGCACCGGGCAGCUCAUACAUGCUGUACCUGAUCCUCAUGGUGACAGAGAAGAUGAUCUUUCAUCGGCUCAGCAGCAAAGCUCAGAACAGCCACCAAGUAGCAUUCAAGAGAUGUCUGACAACCUGGAUGGUGGUGCGAGCGGGGCUGCAUCGAAGCGGGCUGAAGCUAAAGCUCGCAAGAACAAAAAGAAGCUGGAGAAGCGGAAGGCGAAACGAGCAAGGGAAAGGCACGAUGUUCAACAGGGGUUAGCAGCUUCUGCCAUGCAUGUCAACGGUCCAAGGCCUGAGCCUUUCGCUGUCUCAUCCGGUGACGCGAGUACCGAUUGGCAAGACGAUGAGCUUGGAGCCGGCUCAACCCUGCAGCAAAGCUUUUCUGGCACUCCUCACGAUCGAGAGCGUUUUCGCCCUGAGACAGGUUUCACAUAUGAGGAGAGCGAUGUUGAAGGAAAUACGCUAGCACCGUGCACUGGUACUCCUGCUCAAAGAGAUGCACGCGUGACUAGGUGGGACAUCCCGCCUUGCAAUGGUAACUCAAGUGCUGCCAGUGGAAGCUCAAAGUCAAGCUGCAGUGAGGUCGCCCUACAGUCGGGAACACAGCUGUUCGAGCCCAGCACAGAGCCUUUCAGCGAUAUCAGCUUGCGGGAUAUCGAGGUGUUCUCGUCCGAUCUUUGUCCGCAGCCAGACUCCAAGCAGCCAAAUGAUUUAGAUACUAAAGGAUACAGCAGUCCUGAUCAACUAUCUUCUCGACCGGGCUUAGACGAGGAAUGUAUACGUCGACCUCGGGAUGCGUCGGACGACGGCUCGUCAAAUCCAAUCAUUUCGCGCGAAAGUGCUCCUUCAUUCCGUCCGCAGGGGUUAACAGUCUUGUGCGAGGCCCAAGUAUCUGAGCACAACCCGAAGACUGCUGUCCCGUCACUCCAGGAAAACAAUAGGCUGGUCAUCGACGCUUUCCACCCAUCAUAUCAACUGCACACCAAGGCGGCCUCACAUUUCCCAGGUCAUGCGAGUGUCCUGGAUACUGUAGACUUGUUAUCGGACGUCGAAACUUGCAGCAACAGCGCGCAUUCCGAUAGCUCCGAAGUCUCUCUCCCAACGUAUCACUUACUUUCGCUUUUGGAAACGAAUGGAGCAGAAGAGCGGAAAUGGCUCCAUUCGCUGGAGAGUGUAGAGGCUCAGGAGCAUGACGCAAUCGAGAGGUUCCUCAAUGAUUCGGACGAGGCUUGGCGCGUUGCUAUGGGUUACCCGGUGAGAAUCUUUCAUGAAUUUUCACCCCGUCUGCUUCUGACACAAUCAAGUUCAGGCCCAAUAUACCACGCUGGAAGAAUUCCAGGAGCGCAAGGAUUUCCUUGAUACAAGGAUGUCGGUAUGCGAAGGCUCUCAAAGAAGUUUGUCCUCUGACUCUGGAGCCCAUUGGCCUCGCGGAGACCUUGCUGGAUCAUUCCUCCACACGCCCACCCCGUACAGGUCGAUAGGCGCCUCCAGCGAUCCAUCUGUUUCUCCAGCGCUUAUCUCCAGUACUGAAGCUUUGUGUGCCUCAUACGAUUACGUGAGCUCAGAACCGAAUGGUGAGCCUGCGAUCUACAUGGAACCUCCUAGACAGUUCGAGGACGUCAAAGCAUCAUUGCAUCGGCAAGAAUCAUUGCAGCCACUGCCCCGAGCUCUCACGUCCAUUAUGAUGGC